UGCUUAUUCCCCCCGCACACACACCGUCACUGUGUGCGGCUUUGUCGGGCCUUAUAAUGUCCAUCAGGUAACUCAAUUCCCCUCUGAUGUCAUGAGGAGUAAUUGAAACCUUGCUGAGAGCUGCAGCCAUGGAGCCGACCGGAUCCCCGCCUCUCACCGGACAAAAAUUCCGCUAUGGGGAGGAUCGGCAGCGGGGAACAUGGCGCAUUCACUGCGGAUUAACUCACCGCCGAGAAAAACUUUGGAAAGUGGCGACGUAACGCGCGCGUGCCGCUGAAUCGUGAGCGGACUCGCAGGACUCAUCACCGGGGAACCGACGGCCGACUCCUGGGCUUGUUUUGGAUGGUGUCGGAGGCUUUUCCUGCCCUCCCUCAGUUCUGCUGCUGCUGCGGGAUCAAAGUUUGGAGCAGCAGGCGGAGGAUUUAGCGGAGAUGGAAAAGCCCAGAGCGAGGAAAGAGAAGUUCUCCCUUUUUGGCUCUCGCUCCACCGGCAGAGCCACCAACCCUUCCUCCUCAUCCUCUCGCUCUUCAUCUCCCGGGAUCCCCUCGGCCCAAGUCGGGAAAAGGCUGGAUCGGAUUUCUGGCUCUGGCGGUCCAGCCGCCCUGAGCAAAGCUGAGUUCUUGGAACGUGUGCGCCGCAGUAACCAGGCCUGCCAGCAGGGGGAGUUUGUGCUGGCUGUUCGUCUCUACACCGAGGCCCUCACCGCGGACCCGCAAAACUGCAUCCUGUACAGCAACCGGUCUGCGGCCUACCUCAGACUGGGACAGCACGCCAAGGCUCUGGACGACGCAAUCAAAGCCCGUCUAAUUAACCCCAAAUGGCCCAAGGCUUACUUUCGACAAGGGGUUGCCCUGCAGUACCUGGGUCGUCAUGCCGACGCGCUGGCAGCGUUCGCGUCGGGCCUGGCACAGGACCCCAAGAGUCUCCAGCUGCUUGUCGGCAUGGUGGAGGCGGCAAUGAAAUCACCACUCAGAGACACGCUUGAGCCCACCUACCAGCAGCUUCAGAGGAUGAAGCUGGACAAGAGCCCGUUCGUGGUGGUGUCCGUCAUCGGCCAGGAGCUGCUGACGCACGGUUACCACGGCGCCUCGGUGGUGGUGCUGGAGGCGGGGCUGAAGAUCGGCACGUGCUCGCUGAAGCUGCGCGGCUCCGUCUUCUCCGCUCUCAGCUCGGCGUACUGGAACCUCGGAGACGUGGAGAGAAGCAUGGCUCACAUGCAGCAGGACCUGGAGGUGACCAAGACUCUAGGAGACCAGUCGGGUGAAUGCCGGGCUCACGGGAACCUCGGCUCGGCGUUGUUCUCUAAAAGCAGCUACAGAGAAGCGCUGGCCCACCACAGGAACCAGCUGGUGCUGGCCAUGAAGCUCAAGGACAGAGAAGCAGCGUCGGGGGCCCUUAGCAGCCUGGGCCAUGUGUACACCGCCAUAGGGGACUACCCCAACGCUCUGGCCAGCCACAAACAGUGUGUCCUGCUGGCCCGCCAGACUGGCUGCCAGCUGUCUGAGGCACGCCAGCUGGGCGACAUGGGUGCCGUUUACACCGCACUGGGAGACUUCACCAACGCCGUCCAGUGUCACGAGCAACACCUCAAUAUCGCAAAGUCUUUGGAGAACCGGAGAGAGGAGGCCCGGGCGUACAGCAACCUCGGCAGCGCCUACCACUCGCAGCGGGACUUUGACAAGGCCAUAUCUUACCAUACCAAGGUGCUGGAGUUGGCACGGGAACUGUCGGACAGAUCGAUUGAGAUGAGGGCGUACGCCGGUCUGGGUCACGCUGCUCGAUGCAUGCAGGACCUGGAGAGGGCCCGUCAGUACCACCAAAGCCAGUUAGAGAUUGCUCAGGAGCUGCAAGACAGGGCGGCUCAGGGCCGGGCUUCCUCCAACCUGGGCAUUAUACAUCAUAUGAAGGGGGAGUAUGAAACAGCGCUGAAGCUCCACAAAGCCCACCUGUCGUUGGCGCAGGAGCUGGGUGACUAUGCGGCACAGGGCAGGGCCUACGGGAACAUGGGUAACGCACAUCAUGCGCUGGGCGUCUACGACCAGGCGGUGCGGUACCACAGGCAGGAACUGCAGAUCUCUCUGGAGGUGAACGAUCGCCAGUCGCAGGCCUCCACUCAUGGUAACCUGGCGGUGGCUUAUCAGGCGCUGGGAGCUCAUGACCGUGCUCUCCAGCAUUACCGUCACCACCUGACCAUCGCACGGGAACUCAGAGACACUCAGACAGAAGCGAGAGCCCUAGCAAACCUGGGGAACUUCCACAGCUGGAGGGGAGAGUACGCUCAGGCUCUGCCCUACUUCCAGCAGUACCUGGCUCUGUCCCCGGGGCUGCAGGACCUGGAGGGCGAAGGGAAAGUCUGCCACAACCUGGCCUAUGCUCACUACUGCCUGGGACAGUACAAAGAUUCUGUCAGGUAUUAUGAGCAGGACCUGGCCCUGGCUAAAGAUCUGCAGGACAAAUUAGCACAAGCUAAAGCCUACUGUAACCUGGGUUUGGCCCACAAAGCUCUCGGAGAGUACAGCCGAGCAGAGGAGUGUCAGAGAUACCUGCUCUCUCUGGCUCAGGCUCUGGACAACACACAGGCGGUUUUCAGGGCCUUCGGGAACCUCGGGGACGUGUUUGUGUGUCGGGGGGAUCUGCCCGGAGCGCUCAAGUUCUACCAGCAGCAACUGGCUGUGGCUCAGAAAGCUGCCAACCAGAAGAUGGAAGCCGACGCAUACGCUGCACUGGGAUCCGUUCACAGGCUGCUCCGCCAGCUGGACGCCGCCCUGUCCUUCCACAGCCGGGAGCUGACUCUCCGUAAGGACCUGGCCGACCCCCAGGGGGAGUGCCGGGCGCUGGGCCGCCUGGCGGCAGUCCACAUGGCGCUGGGCGACUACACCACGACCUUCCAGUGCUACGAGGCCCAGCUGGGGCUGGCGCAGGGCCUCCGGGACGCCCGACUGGAGGCGCAGGUCCACGGGAACAUGGGCAUCACCAAGAUGAACAUGGCGGUGUUCGAGGAAGCCAUCGGAUACUUCGAGCAGCAGCUGGCCAUGCUGCAGCAGCUGAGCGGCAGCGAGGGCAUGCUGGACAGAGGGAGGGCCUACGGGAGCCUGGCCGACUGCUACGACGCCCUGGGAGACUACGAGGAGGCCAUCCAGUACUACGAGAAGUACCUGACGGUGGCUCAGAGUCUCAACCACGUCCAGGACCAAGAGAAGGCCUACAGAGGCCUGGGAAACGCACACAGGUCCAUGGGCAGUCUCCAGCAGGCGCUGGUGUGCUUCGAGAAGCGGUUGGUGGUGGCCCACGAGCUGGGCGGCGAGGGCGGGGGGAAGGCGCAGGCUUACGGGGAGCUGGGCACCCUGCACAGCCAGCUAGGGAACUACGAGCAGGCCCUGUCCUGUCUGGAGCACCAGCUCAGCAUCGCUCGCUCAGCAGGGGAUAAAUCCCUGGAGGCCGAGGCGAGCGACGCCCUGGGAGGCGUUUAUCAGCUGAUGGCAGACAACGAAACUGCUCUGCAGUGGCACCAGAGGGCGCUGAGCAUCGCCGAGCAGACGGGCUGCGUGAGGAGCCAGGGCCGCGCCUACGGCAACCUGGGCCUGACCUACGAGGCUCUGGGGAACUACGAGCGGGCCGUGGUGUUUCAGGAGCAGCACCUCAGCGUGGCGGCGCAGACCAACGACCUGACGGCCAAAACUAUGGCCUACGGAAGCCUGGGGAGGACACACCACGCCCUGCAGAACUACACUCAGGCUGUGAUGUACCUGCAGGAAGGUCUGCGGCUGGCUGAGCAGCUGAGCCGCAGAGAAGACGAAGCCAAGAUCCGCCAUCGCCUCGGGCUUUCUCUGUGGGCCAGCGGAAACCUGGAGGAGGCACAGCACCAGCUGUACAGAGCUUCUGCGUUGUUCGAGACAAUCCGCCAUGAGACGCAACACAACCUGGAUUACAAGCUGUCCUUGUUUGAUCUGCAAACCAGCUCGUACCAGGCUCUCCAGAGAGUCCUCGUCAGCCUAGGGCGGCAUGACGAGGCUCUGGCCAUAGCCGAGCGGGGGCGCACUCGAGCGUUCGCCGAUCUGCUGGUGGAACGCCAGAGAGGAAGCAGGCAUGCGGCCGGCGCCGACCCUUACAUCCCGGUCACGGUGGAGCACAUCCUGGAGACGGUCAACGGCCAGAAGGCGCUGAUCCUCUACUAUUCGCUGGCUGGAGGCUUUCUCUACAGCUGGCUCAUAUCUCCAGGCACAGGCAUCGUGAAGUUCAACGAGGCGUACCUGGGAGAGGCGGGGCCCGAGGCCUCUGAGUUCCAGGACGGCGGCGGGAGCCCGCACGGUGGAGGCCCCGUGUCUCUGGAUCAGUACAUCUGCAACGCCAGAGAGGCUCUGGGAGUGGACAGCCAUCACAGCAGAGUGUGCUCCGGCAGUGAGACGGAGAGUGAAGCUGGAGAUCUGCUGGAGCAACAGUUUGAGGAGCUAAACAACAAUCUGGCCUCGGCCGCCGAUCCAACCGGCUACCUCCGCAUGGUGUCCAGAAAUAACCGCUUCAACAGCAGGAGCUGUCGGAGCAUGACGAGCCUUUACAGCGCCACCGUGUCUCCAGUGAAGGACGGCUUAUCUCCUGUUUGCCGACCGUCUAAUGUUGGCAAACCUCCUCUACGAGCCCUCUACGACUUACUCAUCGCUCCCAUGGAAGGGGGUCUGAUGCACAGCAGUGGAUCUGUUGGCAGGAACAGGCAGCUUGUGGUAGUUCUGGAGGGAGAACUGUACCUGAUCCCCUUUGCCUUGCUGAAAGGCAGCUCCUCCAAUGAGUACCUGUAUGAAAGGUUUAACAUCAUUUCUGUACCGUCCCUGGCCAGCCUGCAGGCUACAAGCAAGCCUCACCCUCGCCCCAGCGGUCCCCUGCUGUGUCCGGACGGAGGCUCGGUGGCUGCCGUGGUUGGGGCCCCUCAGCUGCCUCCCAGCGUCAUGGACCGCUGGCUGUGGGGGCCCUUACCCUCGGCCCAGGACGAGGCUCUGUCUUUGGGUGAGCAGCUGGGGUGUCACCCCCUUACCGGGGCAAACGCCACCAAGGAGCGCGUCUUAGCGGCGCUGAGUCAGGCCGAGUGCGUUCACUUUGCGACCCACACGUCCUGGAAGCUCGCCGCCAUCGUGCUGUCCCCCAACCACGAGCGCAGUGCCGGGGACGGGCCGCAGGAGAACGCUCUGAGCGGGACGGCGGCGUUAGCGGACGGCGCGGACCAUGACGGGAAGGUCGACCGUUUGUUUCCCAGGAGUCACAGCAGCCCAGAGAGACUCCGAGGAGCGGAAGAAAGAAGCGAGGACGUGGAGAGCGUGUGCGACGGCGCGCCGCUCCACGACUUCCUCCUCACUGCCGCCGACAUCCUGGACCUGUGCCUCUCGGUCAAGCUGGUGGUUCUGAGGUCAUACCCGGAGUCUAGCUGCAGAGUGACGGCCGACGGAGUGGUGGGUCUGACCCGGGCUUUCUUGGCUGCGGGCGUUCAGUGUGUGUGCGUGUCUCUGUGGCCGGUGCAGGUCGCUGCUUCCAAGCUCUUCAUGCACACGUUCUACACGGCGCUGCUAAACGGCAGCAAAGCCAGCGUGGCUCUGACGGAGGCCAUGAGGAACCUGCAGAGCAGCAAGCACUUCUCACACCCUUCCAACUGGGCUGGUUACCUGCUGAUAGGCAGCGAUUUGAAGCUGAACAGCCCCAUGUCGCUGGUGGGUCAGGCCCUGGCAGAGAUCCUGCAGUACCCAGAGAAAGCCCGGGACGCCCUCAGGGUGCUGCUGCACCUGGUAGAAAAGUCGCUGCAGCGCAUUCAGAGCGGUCACUGCAACCCCAUGUACACGUCGCAGCAGAGCGUGGAGAACAAGGUCGGCGGCGUUCCUGGCUGGCAGGCCCUCCUGUCUGCUGUGGGCUUUCGGCUGGAGGUCUCUGGCUGUGGUGGCGGACUCCCUGCGGCCGUGUUCUUCCCGACCUCUGACCCUGGAGACCGUCUGCAGCAGUGCAGCAACACGCUGCAGGCUCUGCUCGGUCUGACUCCUGCGGCUCUGCAGGCUCUGUGUAAGCUGGUCACAACAUCUGAAGCAGGAGAGCAGCUCAUUCACAAGGCCGUGAAAAGCAUGGUGGUGACGCUUCAUCAGGUCCUGGUGCAGCUGCAGUCCGUCGACAAAGACCAAGACUUCCCCCUGGCUCCCAUCCAGGUGUCGAUCAGCGUUCAGCUCUGGAGGCUGCCUGGCUGCCAUGAGUUCCUGGCUGCUCUGGGUUUUGAUCUGUGCGAGGUCGGUCAGGAGGAAGUCGUGUUGAAGACGGGAAAACAGGCCAGCAGACGUAACAUGCAUUUCGCCCUUCAGGCCCUUCUUGCCCUGUUUGACUCCACAGAGCUUCCCAAGCGACUCAGCAUGGACAGUUCGUCGUCUUUAGAGUCUCUGUCGUCCUCCCAGUCGGCCUCCCAGCCUCAGUCUUUGCCCCUCUCUCUCAGCUGUUACCCUCCCCAGCCCUUCUUACCUCCCGGUUGCUCCGACAACCUCUCCUGCGACGCCAUCUCCGUCUACAGCCUCAGCUCCCUCGCCUCCUCCCUCAGCUUCCUGUCUCGGCCCGAGCCGGCGGGAAGUGACAUCAUCAGUCAUCGCUCGCAUCAACAGGAGCCAGAGAAGCAGGGUGGAGGAACGGGUCUGUACUACUCCUCGCAACGCCUGGCAAGAGGCCGGCUGGCCAAUCACGGAGGAGCGUCGGCAGGAGGAGAGGACGAGGAGUACGAGGGCUUCUCCAUUAUAAGCAGCGAGCCGCUGGGGCGGGCGGGGAGGGAGUGCGACACGCUGCCGCUCCCUGCGGGACACCGGCAGGGCAGAGGUGGUUCCAGCAGAGGGUCUGCGGUGGGCCAGACUCUGAUAGUUUCUUCCAAGGGGAGCAUCAGCACGCCGACGUCCCCACUCAAAGCUCCACCACUGGCACUGCCGGACCAUCCAAGCUCCAAGGUCACCCAAAAAAUCUCAUUACCCACACGGACAGUUAAAGGGAAGGUUAGCAGCUCCGAGUCGGACCAGUCGAGCACCGAAACGGACAGCACCGUCAAAUCCCAAGAAGAGAGGAUGGGCCCUGCCGGACAACUGGAUCCCCACGAAUUGGCCCAGAAGAUCCUGGAGGAGACCCACAGCCACAUGCAAGCUGUGGAGACGCUGCAGAAAGCAAACAUCAGAGUGACAUCUCUGAGAGGAGCCGGGGGCCGAGAAGACACUCAUACCAGGCAACCGUCUCUGUCUACCCCCACGACCCCGACCUUUAAACCCGCCAGAGGGGCGCGUGAGUUCCAGGCGUCCGAGACCAGUGCGUUCAGCAGACCUCCCAGCAGGGCUAGUCUGAAGGCCGGCUCGUCCCCUUUUACCGUCCAUAAGCACCUUUCACCCCAUGCCUCUGAUUCGAGGCCUCCCCCAACUCCUCCCAAACCGCCGUCCCGCUCGUCAUCGCUGCAGAAAAUCAACACGUCUGCCUCUUCUUCUCCUUCUUCAUCUCUCCCCGCUAAGGAGAGGAAGUCCCCCAUCAUCUCAGACGAGCCGGCCCAACACAAACCCAAAUACUCCGGCUCGCCUUAUAGCUGCCACGUAUCGCCGUCUCGCUCUCCUGCCGACAGCGCCUCGUCUCCAGCCCUCUCCUACUCCUCCAGAGGCUCCGUCUCGGUGGCGUCCAGCCCGACGGACCCUUCGGAGCUCAGCCAGUCAAAGCAGGACAACAAGGUCCAGGCGAUGCACAACCUGAAGACCUUCUGGGCCGGCGUCGGCCAGAAACAGGAGGCGCCCGGCCGUUUGGCAUCGCUCCGAGGCGGCGGCAAAAAAAUGAGUACGGUUCAGAAAGACGUUUUGGGUUUGCUGAACCUCUCGCCCAGACACGGGUCUGGCAGGAAACACGCGGACAGACAUGAAGACCACGACAGACCCAACGGGCACCGCAAGCUGGAGCCCAAACCUCCACUUGCUCCAUCUGCUGGUCUUCCAACAAACCACAAAGGAGGCAUCAAACUUCCCUCUGGGAACGGAUACAAGUUUCUUUCACCUGGACAGUUUUUUCCAUCUUCUAAAUGUUAAAGGUUUGGAUAUUUACCCCAAUGAAUUCUCAGGCAGCAGACUCAUCUGAGGGUUCACUUUCUACGUAGACUGACAGAAACUGUCCUUUUUUUUCAAUAAAGUACAGUUUUACUAC